AUGGCACGCAACCAAUUUCUAUCUUUCGAUCCGCCGGACCUGGUGGCUCCCAUUCUCUCGGUCUUUAGAAUAACCCCCGAAAAACUAGCACCGGGAUAUUAUUUUGUCUCCCCCUAUCAGCAAGUUCAAGAAACGGUCCAUAUCUAUGACAACGAUGCGAAUCUCGUCUGGACUGGCUUUGGAGGUGCUGGUCCGGGUAUAUCCCAUGCUCCUCAAACAUGCAUGUAUAAAGGUGAAGUCCAUCUGUGCUUCUACCAAGGCACUCAGAUGCUUGGUUGGGGUCAUGGACAUGGCAUCAUCAUGGACAAGCAUUAUCGUAUUGUCAAAUCCGUCGAGCCGGGCAGCUAUCAAGCAUCUUCGGACAUGCAUGAAUUCAGGCUGAUCAAUGACGGAGAAUCCGCGCUCAUGACUCAAUAUCUACGCAGCGUCUACGAUCUUUGUCCCUGGAACCUGUGCGAUGGUCUCGGAUAUAUCCAACAAGGAGCUUUCCAAGAAGUCCACGUCGACACGGGCGAGGUCAUCUUUGAAUGGCACAGUUUGGAUCAUGUGGAUCCAUCCGAGAGCUAUGUCGAACCCAGCACGACCGAGAUCAGUGGAAGUGGUGAACACCCUGAAAGCCCCUGGGAUUACUUCCACAUCAAUUCGAUUGACAAGAACGAGGAUGGGGACUACCUCAUUUCCGCCCGGCAUGUUUCUGCAGUGUACAAGAUUUCGGGCAUUGAUGGGCAUGUCAUUUGGCGACUGAACGGUGCCAAAUCCGAUUAUUACCUGGAUGGCUUUUCCUUCUCCUUCCAGCACGAUGCCAGGUUUGUGUCGGAAAACGAGACGCAUACCGUCAUCUCCCUGUUCGACAAUGGCUCCAAUGGAUUCAAUCAGACUCAGCCCCAUUCGACCGGUCAGAUCAUCAGCCUGGACCAUACGACCAAAGUCGCCACUUGUCUCUUGAAUCUCGACCCGCCUUUCGUCGACGGUCACGCACACAUCUCGAAAUCCCAGGGAAAUUUCCAACGUCUUCCGAACGGCAAUAUCAUCAUGGGCUGGGGCAAUGAUGCAUUCUGGACCGAGUACACGUCCGACUACGAAAUUGUGUUCUACGGCGCUCUGGGUUGGAGAAACGUGAUGAACUAUCGGGUGCACAAAUUCGACAAUUGGGUCGGAUUGCCACUGACCAAACCUGCCAUCUGGUCAUACUCGAAACAAGGAGCGGAAAUGAAGAUGUACGUCUCCUGGAACGGUGCCACCGAAGUGAGAGCCUGGCGAUUUUGGGGCGGUGACUCGAAACAAGGUCCCUUUGAGGAGCUCUCGACCGUGGCCAAAACUGGCUUCGAGACCAUCUGCAGCCACGAACCGGCUUACCAAUUCAUUCAUGCCGAAGCUCUGGACAAGGACGGUCAGGUGAUUGGCAAAUCCGCCACAGAAGCUACUUAUAUCCCCAACGAGCAAAUGCGCGAAUACUGCGACGACUUGGCCUGUCGAUUCAUGCCAGACAACAAGCAGCGAGAGAAAGAACGGGAACAAAAGGCCAAAGAGCAACGAGAGAAGGAAGAAGCAGCACGUCUUGGUCAUGAAAGAGCCAAAAAGAAUGCGGAGAUCUUUGGAGGUACGUUGGGCGGCCUGGCGGGCUUAAUCGUCAUCAUUAUGAUAUUGGCGACGAAGAAUUUCGUUUCUCGCCCCGUCCAUGUGCUCUCUCACCAUAUUUGGAGCGCAAUCAGUUCAAGGUUUUUGGGGAUGAGACAAGGAGGAAGAGACGUGGGUGUUGGUGCUGGAUAUAAGGCUCUCGCUCUUGAUGAUCAGGAUGGCGAUACGAGUAGUGGAGCCCCCAUGAUUACGGACCCCUCUUGA